UGGAUCCCCUUGAUCGGUUCGCAAUUCACAUCUCACAGCAAUAAAGGUCUUCCCUCUCUUACUCUCCAAAUCUCACAGUCACCCAAACCUUGACAUACCCGUAAUCGCCGCCUGAAAUGGAGCCCGACGGCGCAGCGCCGAUGCAAGUCGAGUCCGCGGCGGACAAAAGCCCUAACUCGGAGCUCCCUCCCAAAUCCAGAGAAGAAGGCGAGCUCUCUUCGGAUGAUAAUGACGAAAAUCCUGUUCUCUCGGUUGCACGUUCCACUGGUACUACAGGGCCCAUGCUGGUGAACAAAUUCACCCAUGGGAAUCAAGUGGGGAAGGCUGUAUCUCCUGCAAGCUCUGCUGAUAUUCAGUGCCAAACCUCCAAGCAACCUACUUCCCAGAAGAGCAAUGAUGCGAACAGAGUACCAACACCUGGAUGGCGUCCUCCACGUGCCCACUCGGGGCCCAACAAUAAUCUUGUGAUAAGCUUCUCAGACGAUGACAGUCAGAGUGAUUCUGAAGAAAAAGAGCGUGGGAAACUAAAAGCUUUACAAACUAAAAGUAAUAUGGCUUGAGGGAAUGCUAAUGGAAAACCACCCAUUUCUUCACUUGCAAAACCAAACAAGUUGGGACAGCCUGCCAGAAAUGUGAACAAAGUAAUGCCCAAAAAGUUGUCUAUGAAUGGCACAUUUAUGACAUCAAUGGCGAAUAUCCGUGGAGUUAAUUCUAGAGAUUCUGUGCCUUCAUCAGUUGAGCAAGGAUCUCGAGCUGGAAAUUUCAAUUCCGGCAACAAAAAUAUAGUGAACAGAGAGCGAUUAUAACAUACUCGAUUAUAAUAUUUUUUCGCAUUCCCUAACAUAGAGUUUCAUUAU